AUGGCCACCAUUGCGCUCCCUCGACCUCUGCCCCCCCACCGCUCGUCGUCGACCGCCAUUGCCUCGCUGGCGUCCCCGUUGACCAUCGACACGCUCAACCCCCAGUCCGAGCAAUGUCCGCCCGCUGUCCCUAACAAGCACAUUCCUGACGACUGUGCCCAGUCUGUCCUCCACCCCCCGGCCCACUUCGUCCGCCUGGAGUCAGGCCCGCUGACCCUGUAUGAGCUGUCUGUCGCCGACGUCGCCCGUGCUCUCGACUACGCCUCCCGCCAGCCCCUUCCCGAGCCCUCGCAGGUCUUCCCCUGGUUCCACGGCCUGCACCCCCUCAACCACCUGCAGCAGUCCUUCUUCACGGCCCGGAGCCGCUCCCUGCGCAAAACCCCUUGCUGCCUGCGCGGCGUUACCGUGGUCAAGGCCGAUGGCGAUCUGGCUGUCUCGCGCCUCAAGGGCGCCAUAUCCCCCCACGAGUUUCUGCAAUGUGCCUCCGCCUCACCCGAGUUCCACGACGUCGACCCCAAGGAGGGCUUCUCCGUGAGGAAUUUCCAGAUCCAGGCCGCCAAAUCUGCCAUGACCUCGGACAUCAUCGUCUACGGCGACGAUCCCCUGGCCACCCGCAAGAUGGCAUGCGACAUUGCUGCGGCCCAGCUCCGGUGGCGCGAGAGGCACGAGGCCCAGGGCCACCCCAUCCCCGCCUACAACACCUUCGUCUGCGUGAGCCCCUUCGAAGACUUCGAGGAAAGCCACCCGGACUUGGUCGCCGUCGACUCGGCCGGCCUCUUGACGGGCAGCGUCAUCGACUUUGUCCACCAGGAGCGCAAGGAGAUGUUCGCCAUGACCAAGCCCACCCCCAUCUCCCACAACGUCUGGAUGGGCCCCACCCUGGAUCGGGGGUCUGACGACGACGGCUCGUUCGACAUCCAGAUCGAGUGCAGCGACAUGGGCCGCCUUCACCCCGCUGCGCUCCAGGCCGUCGCUGAGGGCUCGGCUGCUCCAGCGGGGCAGCACUGCCUCGACUUCCCCUCCUCGGGCAGCAUCCUGCCGUCCUCGUGGUCCCAUGCCGAGGCCGACGGCAUCAUCGAGACGUGCAAGUGGAUCUAUCACCUGGCCCAUGGAACUUACCCAGCGACAGCCGGCCACGACGACGACGGAGACGCCGUCAUGUCUGGGGACGCGCUAUCAUCCCCUUACCAGGUGCCUCCCCAGAAGGUCCUCAUCCACUGCGGGGAUGGGUACACCGAGUCGACCAUGCUCGGCAUCGCCUACUACAGCUACAGCACCGGCCGUCCUGUCCCGGACGCGUGGCUGAACCUGCACACUACACUCGGUCGCAACUUCUUCGCAUACCCCGCCGACGUCUCCCUGCUCACAGCCAUCGCCCCCCGCCUGCUAUCCCAAUCGCCUGCUCUCGCCGACAAAAGCCCAUCCGAGAUACAGUCCCUGGCCGCGGAAGAACCCGACUGGCUACCCGGGAUCGACGGCUCAUUCCCGAGCCGUGUGUUGGACUACAUGUACCUGGGAAAUCUUGGUCACGCAAACAACCCCGACCUACUGAAAGCCUUGGGCAUCAAGCAAAUCCUUAGCGUUGGGGAGACGACCAUGUGGCGGGAUGGCGAGCUGGAUAAAUGGGGGCCUGAGAAUGUGUGCGUAGUUCAAGGCGUCCAGGACAAUGGGAUAGACCCCCUGACGGAGGAGUUCGAAAGAUGCCUCGAAUUCAUCGCUUGA